UUUCCUCAAUUGUCUCAUUCUUCAAACUUCCACUUAUUCGACCGUCUUGAUUUCCGGUGUAAAGAGGGGGGGAUUAGUGUUUGGUGUGUUUGACAGGCACGUCAGGGUAAUUUAGACAACUGACCGUAUGAAAACGCAGUAUUCUUUUAUAGCUAUUCUUUGUUGUAGCUAGUUGUUUUUAGCCACGGUGUAGUGGCUACGUAGCCAGUUAGCUAGCUAGCUAGCCAAACAUCCAUAAACUCAGCGUUGAUCCACAGGCGAGAUGAGCGACAGAAGUUCUUCCCCUGACCCAAACACCAUGACAUUGGUUGUUAAAACACCUAGGCAAGAGGAUGGAGACGAAAUAAUCGAAGGAGUGGAGUUAAACUGGAAGGUCUUGGAUUUGAAGAAACAUUUGUCACGGGUUUAUCCCUCCUGUCCAGCGGAGAAAGACCAGAGACUUAUUUACUCUGGCAAGAUGCUUCCAGACAACCUGCCCAUCAGAGACGCCUUCAGAAAGGGAGACCACAUGCCUAUCGUACACCUGGUGUGUGCUUUCAGACCCCAGCCUGAAACUCAACAAGGCGCCAGACCCAAGGUUAGAGCAGAGGAAUCCUCCCCACCCUCGUCAGAAGAAGCCAGGCAGCCUGCUGAGGUGUCUACCCCACCUCCGUCCGCACACGCUCCCCAGAUGCCCUCUACUGGCGGCCUGAGACACCGCGGGCACCCCACUCCAACCUCGACUCCUGUGGCCACGGCUGGAGCUGCAACGAUGGCCCACCCCGACUUCCCCACCUACUCACUCUACAGCCCCCAGCAGCUGCUCUGGCUCCAGCAUAUGUAUGCCCGACAGUACUACAUGCAUUACCAAGCUGCCAUGGCUGCUGCCUCCUCUACGUCGCUGGCCUCCACCGUCGGCACCACUCUGCCUGUCGCACCCCACCAAGCCGCAGUCCCUGCCGGACUGCCCAAUCAAGCGCCCAUUGACAAUUUGCCAGCCAAUCAGAAUGCCGCAGAUCCUGCAUUCAUCAACCCGGAGGGAGCCAAUCAGAACCUGCGAAUGAAUGCGCAGGGCGGGCCUGUGAUGGAGGAUGAGGAGGAGAUGAACCGUGAUUGGCUGGACUGGUUGUACACUGCCGCCCGUCUCGGCGUGUUCCUCAGCAUCGUCUACUUUUACUCCAGCCUCAGUCGCUUCAUCCUUGUCAUGAGCAGCCUGCUGCUCAUGUACCUACACACCGCUGGCUGGUUCCCCUUUCGACGGAGGCCCGUGGCCAGGGCUGUGAAUGAACCCGCCCCAGAGGUCAUCCAGAACCUGAACAACCUGAACAACCAGAACCAACACAAUGAGCCGGCAGAGCCCCCUGCUGAAGGAGAGGGUCCGGAGGCCGCAGCAGAACCAGAGGGCCAAGCCCCACAUCCCCUCACCCCAGUCUUGGUCCCUCCACACCGGGUGUCUAUAGUCUGGACCACCUGGAUCUUCUUCAAGACCUUCUUUGCCUCGCUCAUCCCGGAAGCGCCCCAGAUGGGGGCAAACUGAGGGUAGUAGAACCCCCUCCUGUUGGACGCACAGGCUGAAGAGAAGAUAGGGCCGUAGGUCUUGACGAUGCUGGAUGGAGCGAAAGACACUUACACCACAACCUUGCAACAUUCCCAAACAAGAGGGGAUGGAGACGAGACCUCACAAUUUCUCGGAAUAAACCGCAAAUUUUCAUUGAUGAUGAUGAUGAUGAUGUCUCUUUGUGAUGGUGCACCUUGAAGUCUUUGGCUUCAUGACCAAAACCAUAAACCAAACGAACUCUGAAGUUCAAAAGAUAUAUUCCAAGUUCUUCCUACUCUUUUGCCAAACGUUUGUACAUAAACUGUAAACAUGUCAAUAAUUCUGUAUAUAGAGUGGCCAGGGCACUUUAGAGAACCUCUCAAUCUGUGGCCAAGUGGAGCAGAGCUGCUGUUUUGAAGUUCUCUUAUGCAAGCCUCUUGUCAUCAGUGUUUCAUUUUCUGGGAGGCCUCUAAGCUGCUAGUCUCCAAGGUUGUGCUGAAGACACAGAUCACAAUCCCGCCUGCUUCAGAUUCCUCACGCCUUGAUUGGACACUGACAUAAUGACUGCUAUCAAUUUAGUUUCACCCCUUUCACUUUUCUGUGUAUCUUUAGCAACAUUUCAACUGAGUGUGCUUCAUUUGGGUUCUUCGAAAGCCAAAGGGUGCAGAUUAGUAUUUGCAUCCUGCUUUAAAAUGUUUGUGCUUCAUUUUAUUUGUAAGCACAUGAUUUUUGUUUGCUUUUUCAGUGUAUAACGGAUGAGUCAAGGUGACGUUAAACAGGCAUAUGAGCAUGAACAUGCCCCAUAGAAAGUGAAGCUAAUAUGCAAACUUCGCUUCAUUAGGGUGAAUCUUAAUAGCAGGAUUAACCAAACAAGGACUGGGACAGGAGUUCUCUGUUCUUCUCUGACACAAUGGCACUUUGGUUUUUCUAAAUAGUCAUGGGACAAUUACAGGAGACGCAAGCUUGACUGAUGCCAUAUUUCUCAUGUUCUGCACCACAGACGCUCAGUGAAGGUUUAAUCCACCUACUGUAUUUAAAAAAAGGAAAUGUCUUUAUGUUAUGGUAGGAAACAGAAAACAGUUUUGCUGUGAAUGUAAUGGAAGUGUAUCUAUUUCUGUACAGGAUUAAAAUAAUACAUUUUUAUUAAUCAAA